AUGAAGGACCAAGUGUAUUUUCUUCUGGCGAUUUUCUGCAUCAGUGUCAAAGCAGUGCAGCAUGAAUAUGCUCCAGAAGAAAUCAUCCGUCCCUGUUACAGAGGCGACCUUGAAUGCAUGCAGAAGUUCAUAGACUCCAGGAGUAACUGCGAUCGGCCACUCAACCGUGUUCCCGACCCGUACCUUCGAGAAUACAGUCUCAUCUACCUGGUUGACUUUAAUAUAACCGUUAUUCACAUUAAUAGCAACUUAAGCGGUUUAAACGGAGAAAUCGAGGAUUUUCACAUUAACAAAAAUACCAAUCAAUUAGUGAUAGCUGUAUGGUUUGACAAGAUAGAUGUUUCCGUCGAGAAUACCGUGGUGUACUUCCAUCGUAGACGUGAAGUGCCCAUUGUGACUGGUGAUCGAUCACGCAUAGUAUAUCGUCGGACGCACAUAACUACAAUUGUUCCUUUAUCACCAACGAUUGAUUUUAAUCACAUGUUGGCGACUGCAUACAGUGAAGAGGAUAAUCUACAAUUAACAUUCGGCCCGGGUAUUACUGCUGCACCCGGAGUCCAGACAUCUGUAGCGACGGUCGUCGGCAAUCUUGAUUUGGCCACACGAAACAUACUUUUUACCGAAUCAAGAUCAUUCAUCAGCAUCUUCAUUAAACACGUACUGUGCGGUUACAAAGAAAUAUUGUAAAUGCAAUUAAUCUGUUUAUGGUGGGCAUUAAUGACAUUUGGUGCAGUUUGGAAUUCAUCUUUAUAAGUUUGAAAACAUAUUAUUUAUAUGUAAGAAUACCCGGAUUAGUAUAUAUGUAUUAUAGUCGAAAAUGUUGGACUAGUUUCGGAACCAUCCGGGAUCCUUAGUCAUGAGUUCUUAUAUUAAACUGUAAUGUGUAC